AUGGGUACCACCUGUUGCCAUGCUAAUUUCUAGAGUUCCUCAUAUGGUAACAUGAUUACGUUAUAGAUGAGAAUUAUGCUUAGAAUAAGGAUCGAGUGCACUGGUACUGCAGAAAUAAAGUGUUUCUUAACAAGAGUUGAACCAGAUGGUAGCUCCACUUCCAUUAGGUAAGGAAUCACAAACACCAACGAAACUUGAAGCCAUGAAACAAUAGAUUCACUUUUUAUAAUUGGAGUCUAUCGAAGCUAGAAAUGCUCUAGUAGAGGUGUAACAAAAUAAAAAAAUAGAGGAAAAAGAUCUAACAAGGAAAGUAUCCAUUGAUAGUGAAUAACAAAAUAUCUAUAUAAAGGAAGUUCGAAGUCCUAAUCAAACGGAAGUGAACCUACUGCAAUUGAGUCCUAUUGAGCUCGACUCUGGCUUUAAUUUACCCUAAUAAUCUCCAUCUCCCUAAAAGAAAAAGUGUAGGAGGAAGGAAUCCUUGAAUGUUGAAUAAUAUAAUAAUACAACUUUUACUUCUCCUAGGAUUUACACAACCAAUAGAUAGAUUUAGGAUUCAAGUGCUAGUCCAACCAAAAAGUCAAUUGGCUCUGUCAGUUCUUUAACUAUUAGAAUGGGAGUGGAGUUAUUUGUUAACUUGAAGAAAGGCUCUUUGAAUAAGGUUUACACAAUUGGAUAAGUGCUUGGAUAGGGAGCCUUUGGAAAGGUUUGCAAAGUCACUCAUAAAACAACCGGUAUUGUCAUAACAUUUAAAUAGGUUUGAUAAGAGCAAUGAAACAAAUAAAAAAAUCUGAAUUAAUAAAAGAGGAUGAGUAAAAGUUAUUUUAAGAGAUGAACAUCUUAAAAAAUCUAGAUCAUCCCCACAUUGUCAAACUAUAUGAAUUGUAUCAAGAUCAGACCAAUUAUUACAUGAUAACCGAAUACCUGUCGGGUGGAGAAUUAUUUGAGAGAAUAAAGAAGAUGCAGGUUUUUACAGAAAAAAGAGCAAGUGAAUUGAUACAUUAAAUCUUACUUGCUAUCAACUAUUGCCACGAGUAAAAAAUUGUGCAUAGAGAUUUAAAACCAGAGAAUAUUCUUUUUUCUGGUCCUGAGCCUGAACAAAAUCUUAAAAUCAUUGAUUUUGGAUGCUCUCGCAAAUUUAACACAUCAAAAAUGACCAAAAGAAUGGGCACUGUAUUAUUAAUAAUUAUGAAAUUAGCCUUAUUAUAUUGCGCCUGAAGUCUUAGGACAAAAUUAUACAGAAAAAUGUGAUAUCUGGUCUUGUGGAAUAAUCCUCUACAUUCUUUUAUGUGGAUAUCCUCCGUUUACUGGAAAAACCGAAUAAGAAAUCUUUGAAAAGGUUAAAUCAGGCCGACUAAGAUUCCCAAGUAUUAUGCAUUAAAAACUUAGAUGAGGAAUGGGAUCUCAUUUCCAAAGAGGCUAAACAAUUAAUUUCAAAGAUGAUUUAAGUGGAUGUGAAUCUCAGAUAUUCUGCAUCCUAAGCGUUGAGUGAUCCUUGGUUCUAAAAGCAUGCAACAAAUUUACCAAUCAACAAAAAGGCACUAGAUAAUUUAUCUAAAUUUUAAGCAACCAGUGAAUUUAGAACCGCUAUUGUUCAAUAUAUCAUAUCUUAAAUGACAAAUCAUAAAGAAAUUCAAGACUUAUAAUAUACAUUCUAAUCUUUAGAUGUAGAUAAAGAUGGAGUUCUAAGUAAGGAAGAACUCAUUCAAGGUUACAAGAAGAUUAUGAAGAAUUAAGAGUAGGCUGAAUAAUAGGCUGAAAGAAUUUUAGAAGAGAUUGAUAAAAAUUUAUCAGGAUAAAUUGAUUACAGUGGUAAAUUGUAAUUUUAUCUUUAGAAUUCAUCAUGGCUUCAAUAAAUCAAUCGAAAAUCCUUUCGUAAAAAAAGAUUGAAUAAGCAUUUCGCAUAUUUGAUUUGGAUGGUGAUGGAUACAUAACAAAGUAGGAAUUAGAAGAUGUAAUGGGAACAUUAAAUCAAGAUGUUUGGUAAUUGUUUCUUUAAGAAACGGAUCAUAACUAAGAUGGAAAGAUUUCGUAUUAAGAAUUUCAAAAACUAUUCUUUUGA